UGCCAGCCUGGAUGCAAAGCAAGAACUUUUCAUCUUGUGGGAACCCUUGCCACAUCUUGCUUGAGAGCGUUUCUCAGAUUGUAUUUCCUGGAAUCUCAGUGCUAUGGGAAGCAAGUGCCUGCCGCUGCUCUCAGCUCUCGGUGUCCUGCUGGCUCUGUCAGGAGCAGAUGCAAAGAAUUCUGGAGCUUUCUGUCCUCCAUGCCCUGAAAAUGCCAGCUGCUACAAUAGCACCCACUGUGCUUGUAAAGAUGGAUUUCAUUCCACGGCUGGGAGGAGAUACGUCACCAAGUCCUCUGAGAAAUGUGAAGAUAUUGAUGAGUGUAAUACUGGGCUGGCAAAGUGCAAGAGGAGAUCAUAUUGCAGAAAUACAAUUGGAAGUUACUACUGCAGCUGUGUCCCGAAUUAUCCUCUCUUCAACUGGGUGGCCAAGUUCAUUAAAGUGAAUCAUCCAGACUGCUAUGAGGAUGCUCAUAAUGAGAAACCGUCGGUGGACACUUGGGAAAGUCUGAGGAAAAAUGAGAGCAAAGAUCACAUUGCAAAACAGGCCACCCAAAUCCUUCAAAACGUGGAAUUGGCCAUAUGGAACGCAAGUUUUGCUUCUCCAGGAAAGCAUGAAAAUUCUGAAUUUGAUAUAGUCUAUGAAACCAAGAAGUGCAGUGAGACAAGUGAGAAGACUCUUCUGGAAGCUGGAAACAACACAAUGGAUAUUGACUGCACUGCUGCUUUCAAAGGAGCCAGAAGAG